AUGUAUGCACGCAAAUCCAAACUGCCGCCGCCUCCGCCUCACAAAGCCAGCGCCCAACCGCUGCCAACGUGUCCACGAUGUCAACAGACAUUCCAGGUGCUAAAUGGACUACUUAGGCACCUCCGGACCAACUGCAGCACGCGCGGUGCACCAACCGUUCUCUCUUCAUCCGCCUCUCCCUCAUCUACAACGCCGUCAACUAGCGCUGGCCGCCCUCCCGAAUCACCACCACCACCACCACCACCACCACCACCACCACCACCAUCACCCUUCUUCUCCAUCUUUUUCUUCUCCUCCAUCGCCUCAACGUCUGUCACUGUGACGUCUGCCAUGCUCAUCAACUCUGCACAAAAUCCUGACGCACCAACAAGCGCCGUCAACGCCAUUGACGAGGACCGGGUCUAUACCUGCCCUAAUUGUGAUCGCACCUUCACCUCACGCCUCGGCCUUGUUGGUCACUUGCGAAUCCAUCACACAGUGACUGGCGAUCCAGUGCAUGGAGCAGCAGUCCACACCCGCUGCAUUCACCUCCACUGUCCACAUUGCCCUCGCACAUUCAUGCAUCACAUGGGUCUAUUCGGCCACAUGCGUGUCCACGAGGGCGGAAUUGACCGCAGCCCCGACACACCUAACACAUCCAACACACCCACCAUGCCAAGUUCCGCCACACUCCGCCACUCAACGCGCCCGCCACAUCCAGCUCCACCAGCACCAUUACCGCAGCUGAUACUGACACCGCCGGCUUCUCAUGUCCACACUGUCCCCGUACAUUCACCUCACGCCUCGGCCUGGUUGGUCACUUGCGAAUCCAUCACACAGAGACUGGCGAGCCAGUGCCUGGGGCGACAACCCACACUCGCCGCAUACGCCUCCACUGUCCACACAGCACUCGCACAUUAA